AUGUCUCCCCAUCACCAUUGCAACACUCAUGCCGGUCUGCCCCGCGUUUGGCUGGGUUGGGGUGAGCUGGGCAACCGCAAGGCUCAACUCCAAGAGGAGCAGCAAGACUACUUCGAGACCCACCAACCCGAUUUCAAGCUGCGACACCCAAACACCGGCCGACGCAGUUGGAGUGUCCACUUGGAUGUCAUUCGCAAGUCGACCCGUUGGAUUGACUGGCGAAUUCACAAGACUGGAGAUAAACAGAAGCUGUUUCUUCCUGAUUUGGUACGUGUUGAGCAGAUUGACAGCCUUCUCAAUUUCUUUUAUACUGGUGACUAUUCGGUUGAAGAAGCCGACUUGGGAAACUACUCGAUUAGGCCCUGCCCUGGUGGAUGUGUGACUUGUCCUCAGAUCUGUCAGCUCUUGCGCAUUCACCUGGCCAUGUUCCAAACUGCCCUUCUUCUGAGAAUUACUGACCUCCAGGCUCUUGCCUUCCGCAGAUUCCGUGAUCUCAUGGAUACUGCUCCGGCUUUCGUUUUGAAGUAUGCUGUUCAAGCAGUGUAUAGUAGAGAGCCUAUUCCUGACGGGAGCAACAACUUCCAGAUUACUGGCUUGAAAUCUGUGAAAGACUAUCGCGCUGAGCUGGUGCUUCCUGCAGUUCUUAGGUAUUGCGGAUAUUACCGACUGAAUCCCCAGCAGAUCACAAGAAAUGGAAAGAAGGUGAGAGUUUUUGGCGAGUCGGAGUUUGCUGAGCUACGCCGAAAAAGCCCUAAGUUUGGUGGGGACCUGGCUCUGGGACUGUGGUUGGACACGAUUGAUAUCAAAGUUCCGACGAUUCAGUUCCCGGGUAACUCAGAGCCCAUGAGGUCCCUUCAUCCCUAUAUGCAGACUUCCCUCCCUCCACAGGUGGUAGACCCCAGACGCUCAAACUAUCAGUAUGUUACUUACUUGCAGCCAUUGCCCUUCAAGGAUUUUAAUGACCAGCGACCUUCUAACACGCCUACAUGGACCCCGUCCCCUUACAGCACCUUCACUGGGUCUUCUGUUACUCCACGAACCUCAUUGCAACGCAGCCAGACACGUUCCGCGUUUAACCAGAGCAGUCAGGCUUCAGUGCAGCAGACCCAGGUUCUCCCCCAGUUGACUCUAGAACAGGAAGAGGAGUUUAACUUCCUUGAUGAGGCUCUACUUGAUAACACUAUAGAUUUGAUCACUGCACAACUACCAGAGGAAUGUUCCACAGGCCCAGCCGAUUUGAAUAAUAUUGACUGGACAAACACAAUGGACUGGAGCGGAGCGGAUGUACCUGAUAUUGACUUUAGCGCGCUUUUGAAUGGUGAUGCUAUGGGCGAGCCAGACGUGAAUCUACCUGAUACUGACUUCAACGCGCUUUUGAAUGGUGAUGCUACGGGUGAGCCAGAUGUGAAUGCAUUGGACUUGACACAGGUAAUAAACUGGACGGGAGAGGACAUGGCCAAUGUGGACUUCACCCAGCUUUUAAAUGAUGACACUAUGAACUUGGAGUCUUUCGAUCCAUCCUGCCUGGACCUGCCCAUGGAUAUGGACAUGGAUCUGACAGUCCCCAACUCUUUUGAUAUGGCGGGCCUACCCGAUAUUGACUUCUCUGGACUGACAUCACAGGAUUCUGUGGACAGUGAAUUCUUGACUCAACCUCAGUAUAUGGACUCGAUCGUUCCCGGAAUGGAUUACUAUGACACUAUUCCUCAGGAUAUUGGUUUUCUUCCAGAAACAUUGAACUCAGAGAUGGUUGUAGACUCUACUGCUUCCAGCCUGGGAGCACCCGUUUCUACUACAGACAAAACUCGUGCAUCGUCUUCGUCUACCCCAACCCGGUACAAUUUGAGGACUCGCCCGAGCAUGGCUGAUGUGAAUGUGGAACUCUAG